AUGAGGGGUGAAAUCAUGGACUACACUAUAUGCCGAGAAAUUGGAAAGGGAGGAUUUGGGAAAGUGUAUGAGGUGAAGAAAAAAGCAGACCAGAAGUCAUAUGCGCUGAAGAUAGAAACCAAUGCACCGAAAGCCGGAAGAAACAGCAUAAUCAAUGAAAUACAAGCCUACAGCGAACUCCAGGGAUGUGAGAAGAUUCCCCGGCUUGUCGACCAUGGAUCUUAUGAGGGUCUAACCUUUCUUGUUCUCCCUCUUCUCAAAUAUUCAUUGAAGGACCUACUGGAAAGACAUCCGAGAUUCUUCACCAAGAAAUCUGCCACUAUUGUUGGAAAGAAGCUCCUCAAUGCCAUUGAAUUUAUACACGGAAAAGGAAGGCUGCAUCGGGACAUCAAACCGGAAAAUGUCAUGUUUGGCCAUAAUAACAGGAUAUACCUUGUAGACUUUGGAAUGUCUGCACCGUAUCUAAGGGGAGAUGGAAGCCAUAUCCCUGAGGUGGGAGGCAAGAGUGUGUCAGGGACUCUCUGGUACAUGUCGAUAAAUACACACAGAGGAAUAGAGCAGUCGAGGAGAGAUGACCUUGAGAGCUUAUUUUAUCUCUUAAUCCUCCUUUACAAGUCAAGGCUGCCGUGGAUGGAACCUGGGGCCUCAGUGUCAAAAAAACAGGAGGCAAGGACAAAGGAAAUAAAAGAAAACCUAUCUGUGUAUGAUCUUUGUGAUGGGAUACAUGGAAAGGAACACCUCAUAAAAUUUUUUCAGCACAUUAGUAGCUUGGAAUUCGCGGAAAAGCCCAACUACAGAUAUUUGAAUAGCCUUUUAGACAAGAUUUUCCACAGCAAUAAAGAGCUACAGGGCUACAAGAGGGCGCCCAAGAAAGAGGAUACAGGACUGAUUCGAACUUCUUUAUGGCAUAAGUUCAUUUCCAUUCUCAGCCCGUUUGAGGUAAAGUACGAUGGAUAG